CGAGCAAAGUUGACACACAUUUAUAAGCAUAGCCGACGAGAGUAUUUUAAGAUAGGUUGUAGUACAGCAAACAUUUGUUACAUAUGUACUAGUCUAGCUAUAUAUCUAGCACCAAUGGAUCGUUUUGUAGUGAGGAAAGUGCCAGAGGGACAGGCUGCCAUGACAGAGGGUCAGGCUGCCACGACAGAGGGACAGGCCGCCACGAUAGGGCAAGGACAGGCUUCCGAAGCGUCAACUUCGCAAAAAAGACGAAAAAGAAAAUACAAUGAGGAAUAUGUUAAAUAUGGAUUCACAGUGACGACAGACAGAGCAGGAGAGGAGGUACCACUGUGUUUCGUAUGUUCAACAAUUCUCUGUAAUGAAGCUAUGAAGCCGUCGAAACUUACGCGGCAUAUGGAGACGCAUCACGUCCACUUGAAGGCCAAACCCGUUGAGUACAUGCAACAGAUGUUGCGUGAUUUCAAUGGACAGCAGGCUACCAUGAGGAAGAGUGCAAAAAUAAAUGAAAACGCACUGAAAGCAUCGUAUCUGGUCGCUCUCAGGGUUGCAAAAAGUAAGAAGCCCCAUACCAUUGCAGAGCAGCUUAUAUUGCCAGCAGCCAUAGAUAUGUGCAGAGCUAUGGUAAGCGAAGAAUGUGCCAACAAAUUAAAAACUAUUCCGUUGUCAGACAACACAAUCGGAAGACGAAUUGGGGAAAUGGCAAAUGAUGUCAAAGACCAGCUGAUGGCAAAACUUCAGACAGUUCUGUUUUCCCUUCAAAUCGACGAGACGACAGAUGUUACUAAUGAUGCGCAACUGUUAACAUUUGUGCGAUACGAGGACAGUGGCACUAUGUGCGAGGAAUUUCUUUUUUGCAAACCACUGCCCGGGCGAACUACCGGUGUAGAAAUAUUUAAAGCACUGGACGAUUUUUUCACGGAGCACAAUAUCUCGUGGCAGAGGUGCGUUGCAUUAUGCAGCGAUGGGGCCCGAGCCAUGAGUGGCAGCAAGACUGGACUGUUUGCGCAUGUAAGGAGGGUGGCUCCGGGGGUAAUUUGGACACACUGCCUGAUUCAUAGAGAGGCUCUCGCCUCCAAAGAUCUCAGUGUUGAGCUCAGUGGUGUGUUUGAUGUCGUUGUCAAGACGGUCAACUUCAUAAAACGAAACGCAUUGAAUACACGCCUGUUUUCAUCCCUAUGCCAUGACUUGGGAAGUGAACACAGCUCUCUCCUUUAUCAUUCAGAGGUGCGUUGGCUGUCUCGCGGCGCUGUGCUCGCCCGUGUGUUUGAACUACGCGGAGCUAUCUACGAGUUCUUGUGCGAGAAGCAUUCUGAUCUGGCUUCCAAUUUCAACGAUAGUUACUGGUUAACUAAGCUGGCGUACCUCACAGAUGUUUUUGCAGAGCUGAACAAGUUGAACAGCUCCAUGCAAGGGAGAGAUGCAAACGUCAUGCAGCUCUACGAGAAGCUCGACGCAUUUGUGAAAAAAAUGUCAAAGUGGAUCGAACGAGUGGAGAGCAAUAACUUGGCGAUGUUUCCUUCAGUUGAGGAAUACCCUGACAGCACUGACAUCAACGACACUAUAUGUGAGCAUUUGAGGAAGCUUGUGCGUCAAUUCGCAAAGUACUUCACUGAUUCGGAAGAGUGGCGCCGUGACAGCAAGUGGAUCCUGCUCCCAUUCAGUGACGAUGCAUCAGUAGGGUCAAGUCUGACGGCUGUGGAAGAGGAUAAGCUGAUUGAGAUGUCCACAGACUCUGUCAGGAGGCAUAUGUACGACACACAGCCCCUUGUUAAAUUCUGGAUAAGUUGCCAGACAGAAUUUCCACAGCUUGCUGCAAAAGCAAUGAGGUGUCUUUUGCCCUUUCCAACCACAUACCUGUGUGAGAGUGGUUUUUCUACACUGGCGUACUUAAAGAAUAAGUACAGGGCUAGGCUUGAUCCAGAGAAUGACAUGAGACUGUCUCUGUCUACCAUUUCGCCACGAAUAGACAGGCUGUGUGGACUUCACCACGCCCAGAUAUCACACUGACAGCAGGUGAUUGGUGACAGGUCUGUCCUGGCUGGGUUAUAAAAGCCCUGACCAGCCAGCAGUUGAGGCUGCCUUGGUCUUCAUUUGUUGGAUUUUGGUUCUCCGGUGUUGUUGGAUUUUUGUUCUCCGUUGUUGUUUUGUCACACACCUAGACUGACUUUGCAUGACAUUUUUAGUUACUUUUCCCAAUACUGAAUUGCACAACACUUUAUUAUUCUUUAUUCUUUCUUUAAAAUAAUCUUUAAUUUAAUUUAAUUUAAUAAAUCUACUUUUAUUAUUAUAAAAUCUGCGUGGCCUCUCUUUCAUGUUUCAUGCAUUGAGCUAUGCAUGUAACACCAAAUACACACGCGCACGCGCAGGCACAUCAGUGGGCCGCGGAUUGCUUUCUAGUCCGAAUGGUGGUCCCUGGGACAAAACCAGUUGAAAACC